AGAAAGCUAGUCAACAAAAACAAAACACACCAACCCUUCCCAUUUGCAAAGCCAAAUUUCCUUUUUUUUUUUUUUCCCUUCCACCAAUAAUCACAGCUUCAUCAAAGCUCAUGCUCUGAUCUCUCUCUGUUUAAUCUUUGAGUACAUGUCCUCUUCUUGUUAGACAUUUGACUCCUCUUUUUCCGCCCUCUUUCCUCAAUCCAAGCUCUCCUUGCCACACCGCCUUCAUCUUUUCUCGGAUCCUAUUCAUUCUUCUUAUUACUCCUUCAACCCAUCUGCAUGGAUGUUUCUUCAUUGGAAAAGAGCCAUCUUUGCUUCAGUUUCCACGCGUUUUAGUCUUGUGCGUUGAGGAUACGAAGGAAAGUUUGGAUCUUGCUUCUUGUUUCCGUGUGUAUGGUUGUGCUUCGUUGAUUUCAUACAUUUUCUUAGCAGUGGGGGGGAUUAUUGAGUACCAGAAGAAAAAGUUUGGAUCUUGUACUUGUGUCGGUUUCCUGUGUUUUCUUGGUGAUUGUGAGCUUUGGUGGAGUAUAAGAGAGGAAUAUUGGAUCGCUCAGGGUGUGCAAAUUUUGGGAUUUGAUUGAGGUUGUAAGGGAAAGUUUGGAUCUUUCAAUCUGUGAGUGCAUGUGUUAUUUGGGAUUGAGUGCUUGAGUUCUGCUUUGAUUGGGGGGGCUUUGGUGGGGUAUCAGAGGGAAAGUUUGGAUUUUGCAAACCGUUUUGAUUUUGGGGAAGAAUGGAGAACUAUUUGAAUCAAAAUUUUGGUGGAGUGAAGUCAAAGAACUCGUCUGAUGAGGCACUGCAACGAUGGAGGAGGCUCUGCAGUGUGGUCAAGAACCCAAAGAGAAGGUUUCGAUUCACUGCCAACCUCUCCAAGCGUUCCGAGGCCGCUGCUAUGAAGAGAACCAAUCAGGAAAAAUUACGAGUUGCCGUACUUGUCUCAAAAGCUGCACUUCAAUUUAUUCAUGGUCUUGCUUUACGUAGCGAAUAUAAAGUACCUGAAGAAGUCAAAGCAGCGGGUUUUGAAAUUUGCGCUGAAGAACUAGGAUCAAUAGUUGAAGGCCAUGAUGUGAAGAAAUUGAAAUCGCAUGGUGGUGUAGAUGGUAUCGCAAAGAAACUUUCUACAUCGACAAGCGAUGGCCUUGUUGGCUCUCAGGGCAGUUUAAAACUCAGGCAAGAGAUCUUUGGCAUAAAUAAAUUUGCUGAAAGCCAAGUUCGAAGCUUUUGGGUGUUUGUAUGGGAAGCACUUCAAGACAUGACCUUGAUGAUUCUCGCUGUAUGUGCCUUUGUUUCUUUGGUUGUCGGCAUUGCCAUGGAAGGAUGGCCAAAAGGUGCUCAUGAUGGCCUUGGGAUUGUUGCCAGUAUUCUUCUCGUCGUGUUUGUCACUGCAACUAGCGAUUACCGGCAAUCGUUACAGUUCAAGGAUUUGGACAAAGAGAAGAAGAAAAUAUCCAUACAAGUCACAAGGAAUGGUUUUAGGCAGAAGCUUUCCAUAUAUGAACUUCUUCCGGGUGAUAUCGUGCAUCUUGCGAUUGGGGAUCAAGUUCCUGCUGAUGGACUGUUUGUUUCAGGAUUUUCUCUGCUAAUCAAUGAAUCCAGUCUAACAGGUGAAAGUGAUCCAGUUAUGGUGAAUAGUGAGAAUCCAUUUCUUUUAUCUGGAACUAAGGUUCAAGAUGGAUCUUGUAAGAUGCUGAUAACCACCGUUGGCAUGAGGACUCAGUGGGGAAAGCUGAUGGCCACCCUUAGUGAAGGAGGCGAUGAUGAAACACCUUUGCAAGUUAAACUAAACGGAGUUGCAACUAUCAUCGGUAAAAUUGGUUUGUUCUUUGCUGUGGUGACAUUUGCAGUGCUCGCUCAGGGACUAAUUAGCCGAAAGUAUUAUGAUGGUACAUAUCUGAUCUGGUCCGGUGAUGAUGCUUUGGAGAUGCUGGAGUACUUCGCGGUUGCAGUUACAAUAGUUGUUGUUGCGGUUCCCGAAGGUUUGCCUUUGGCUGUCACGCUGAGCCUUGCUUUUGCGAUGAAGAAGAUGAUGAACGAUAAAGCUUUGGUUCGGCAUCUUGCUGCCUGCGAGACUAUGGGUUCAUCGACAUCCAUUUGUAGUGAUAAGACUGGAACUCUGACUACUAACCACAUGACCGUUGUCAAAGCUUGCAUCUGUGGGAACAUCAAAGAUGUUGCAGACUCCGAGGUUGCUAUUAGCAUGCGAUCGCAGCUUCCAGACAUUGUAAUUAAGACUCUUCUCCAAUCAAUAUUUAAUAACACCGGUGGAGAAGUUGUGAUUAACCAAGAUGGUAAACGGGAAAUUUUAGGAACACCUACGGAGACCGCUUUGUUGGAGUUCGGAUUGUCAAUUGGUGGAGAUUUUCUGGCAACUCGUCAGGAAUGCAAGCUUCUUAAAGUUGAACCUUUCAAUUCUGUAAAGAAGAGAAUGGGAGUGUUGCUGCAACUUCCAGAAGGAAGUUGCCGUGGUCACUGCAAAGGUGCUGCCGAAAUAAUUUUAGCUGCUUGUGACAAGGUUUUAGAUCAUGAAGGCAAUGUUGUACCCCUUGAUGAAGCAAUGGUCAGUCAUCUCAACAAGACAAUCGACAGCUUUGCUAGUGAAGCUCUUCGAACACUCUGCCUUGCCUAUAUGGAAAUGGAAAAUGGUUUCUCAGAUGAGGAACAAAUUCCUGUUAAAGGAUUUACUUGUAUUGGAAUUGUUGGCAUCAAAGAUCCUGUCCGGCCUGGUGUUAAAGAGUCCGUUGCGAUAUGUAGAUCAGCGGGGAUUACUGUGAGGAUGGUUACCGGGGACAAUAUAAACACUGCAAAGGCGAUUGCCCGGGAAUGUGGCAUUCUUACAGAUGGUGGUGUUGCUAUUGAAGGUCCAGUCUUCAGAGAAAAGAGUCCAGAAGAACUGAAAGAUUUGAUUCCAAAAAUUCAGGUAAUGGCUCGGUCAUCACCGUUAGAUAAGCAUACAUUGGUAAAACACCUCCGCACCAUGUUCAAUGAAGUCGUUGCUGUGACUGGUGAUGGCACGAACGAUGCUCCGGCACUCCAUGAGGCAGAUAUUGGUCUCGCAAUGGGUAUAGCGGGCACAGAGGUUGCGAAGGAGAGUGCUGAUGUAAUAAUUCUCGACGACAAUUUUUCAACGAUCGUAACAGUGGCCAAAUGGGGACGUUCUGUGUACAUAAACAUUCAGAAAUUUGUACAGUUUCAACUGACUGUUAAUGUGGUUGCUCUAGUUGUUAAUUUCUCUUCGGCCUGCUUGACCGGGAGCGCUCCCCUCACUGCCGUUCAGUUGCUAUGGGUGAACAUGAUAAUGGAUACACUCGGGGCUCUUGCAUUAGCAACCGAACCACCUACCGACGAUCUAAUGAAAAGGACACCAGUCGGAAGGACGGGUAAUUUCAUCAGCAAUGUGAUGUGGAGAAACAUCUUGGGGCAAUCUUUCUAUCAGUUUGUAGUGAUAUGGUAUCUCCAAACCGAAGGGAAAGGACUCUUCCGCCUCGAGGGUCCUAUUGCCGACCUCACACUGAAUACACUUAUUUUCAAUUCAUUCGUCUUUUGCCAAGUGUUCAAUGAGAUCAGCUCAAGGGAGAUGGAGAAGAUAAAUGUGUUCCAUGGCAUGUUUAAGAACUAUGUAUUUGUCGCUGUUCUUGCCUGCACUGUACUCUUCCAGUUCAUAAUAAUUCAGUUCCUCGGCGACUUUGCAAACACCACUCCAUUGUCAUUUCUGCAGUGGUUCCUCAGCAUCUUUAUCGGGUUUCUCGGCAUGCCUAUUGCUGCAGUGGUCAAGUUGAUUCCCGUGGGAUCGAAAUGAGAGAUCCGAUUCAUCGAUCACGCGAAGAAUGCUAAGCAUCAACUACACUGAUCUUGUAAUGUUUGAUUUAUAGGACCUGAUAGAUCUAACAAAUUUGAAUGCUUGUCAAAAGCUUAGUAUUGUUUGCUGCUGAGAUUUUAUUUCUUUUGAGCAGCUUUCAAUUAGCUUUUUUUACUUAGGAAAAAGAAUUUGUAGAAGUUCAUGUGAUGAAACUAUUGUUUUGAUUUUAUGGUUUUAUGGUUUGAGAUUGUAAA